AUGUCGCUCUACGCGUACGAUCGCAAGCCGGACGCGCCUCCCGGCCAGAAGGACAAGCUCGCUGCGCGGCUCGGAAAGGGUUCUUUCGGCGUCACCUACCGGAUGCGCAAGGUCGCUGGGAUCGAUGCGAGGCUGUACGCGGCGCGCCUACUCUCGAUGAUCGAGCACGAGAAUACGCUGCGCUUCUACGACGCCUUUUGGCAUGACACCGACGAUGGCCGCCUCUUCGUCAUCGUCACGGAGCUGCUCACCGGCGGCUCCCUCGCCGAGAAGAUCGCCGCCGCGCCGCCGCCGCCCGAGGUUGCAGCGCUGAUGCGGCAGGUCGCCUCGGGACUUGCGUACAUGCACACGCUCAACCUGCAGCACCGCGACCUCAAGCCAGCCAACGUGAUGCUCGACUCGACGGGCCGCGCAAAGAUGAUCGACUUUGGGCUCGCGUGCGUGGGCACCGACGCCUACAUGUCGCCCGAAAAGGCCAUUGGCAAGCGGUACGGGCCGGCGGAUGACGUUUGGGCGGUCGGGUGCAUCCUCGCGGAGCUGCUGCUCGGCCGCACGAUCGGCUACGUGGCGCUCGACGCGGCAAAGCGGCAGCGCGCGAUCGCCGAGGGCAAGUCCGCGAGCGAGCAGCUCGGCUCGUGGGUCGAAGGCUGUCUGCAGGAGAUCCCAGGGCGGCGCCCGGCGGCGGCCUUGCUGGAGCAGGGGCUGGCGUCGGGUGGCCCCGGUGCGCACGAGGCGGAAGAGCGCUCGCGGCGGGAGGCAGCGGCGGCUGCAGCAGCAGCAGAUGAGGCGGAGGAGGAGCGGAGCCGAGCGGCGUCACGCCGCGCCAGCGCAGAAAAGUAUUUUUCGGUACAAACCCUCCGCCUACUCGGCUACUGA